ACCGAGGACGCGUCAGGGCGCAGGCAGCUGAGUUGAAGAAGCGCGUGUGUGUGCGCAAAUCGAUCGGUGUUCCCUGGCGUGACCGCGGAGGAAAGUCGCCUCUGAAUCUGGACGGGACUGUUUUCCUUUCCGGCGCGAAGAAAUUCUGUCUCCAAACUCCCGGACAAGCCGAGGAGAGUCCUGUGGCUGCGCGCGUGCGUCUAGACGAGGAGAGGAGAGAGAGCCGAGGAUAACAACUCUCCACGCAGCCUCUGCUCCUAUAAAGCACAAUCCUAUACAAGCGUAUUUUCCCCUUGCAUUUCUAUUCGUUUCUUACUCUGGCACGGUGGAUAUGGGACUUCAAGAUGUGAGCGCUCCCUCGCUUCACUGAUGGGAGAUUUAUCAAGUGUCAGUGUGAGAGCGGCAGCCGAGGACGAUGUGCGCGAAUAACCUGAAGGAAGACCAAACAGAGAAGCGAGGAUCUGUAACGAAUAUUUCUGUUGCUUAAAAAAAAUUGGGAUUUUUUUUUUCCUGCAAUUGUUUUUGAGUUUUCUAAAACAUAUUGUUGGACAGACUGAAAGGAGAAACUUCACCCCCCACCCCCCUCACCCCACACACACCAACAUCACAGUUCAGGGGGUCACAGCCAACGGACCGAGAAGGAGACAGAGAGGAGGGCUAUACUUAUAAAAAAAAAAGAAAAUUGCGUGCAUGCAUAUCUUUUUCAAUUCUUUUUAUUUUUGCAGAACUUUUACAUUUUUACAUGCCUGGACUGGUACAAUGAGCCCCAUCGCUGUCUCUUCCCUCCGCUGGUUGUGUGGACACCGGGACAGAGCAGCUUUGGUGUCCCGACCCCAGGAGGAGGGAGCCCGGCACUGAUGCGUAUUUUUGACGCCGUCCACCCACAAACCUCCCGUUUUAUUUCGAGAUAAAGUCGCCGGUGAGCAGCGUCACCCAGUCCCUCACCUGAAGCUUCAUAUUUUGGGGUAAUCAAUCCAGAAAAGAAAAGUUGAAUAUCUUUUGAAGGGGGCCGGUCGCCUGCCUCUUUCUCUGCAACGGAGGUCAGGGUCUGCGGGCCGUCCGGUGGUAUUUUAACUGCCCUCCCAUCUUACUGGGGCCCUGCAGCCAGUUCAAUGAUGGAGAUUCACUGUAAGCACGACCCGUUUGCGGCAAUGCACAGGCAUGGUGGCGUGAACCAGCUUGGAGGUGUGUUCGUAAACGGCAGGCCCCUCCCAGACGUCGUGCGACAGCGAAUAGUGGAGCUAGCCCACCAAGGGGUUCGGCCCUGCGACAUCUCACGCCAGCUCCGAGUCAGCCACGGAUGUGUCAGCAAGAUACUGGGCAGGUACUAUGAGACGGGCAGUAUCCGCCCCGGGGUGAUCGGGGGAUCCAAACCAAAGGUUGCUACACCCAAAGUGGUCGACAAGAUCGCCGAUUACAAACGCCAAAACCCCACCAUGUUUGCCUGGGAGAUCCGGGACAGGCUCCUGGCCGAGAGAGUGUGCGACAACGACAGUGUCCCCAGCGUCAGCUCCAUCAACAGGAUCAUUCGGACUAAGGUUCAGCAGCCCGGCCAAACGGGCCCAGUGUCGGCUCACAGUUUAGGGUCGUCGGUGGGGGCCACACAGGUCUCAGGAGUGACCAGCGACUCGGCCGGCUCCUCGUACUCCAUCAGUGGAAUUCUGGGUAUCAGUUCAGCCGCUGAUGUGGGCAAGAGGAAGAGGGACGAAGGUCUGCAGGAGUCGCCGCUGGCCAACGGGCAUGGCCACAGUGGGCGGGACUUCCUCAGGAAGCAGAUGAGAGGGGAGCUGUUCUCACCGCAGCAGAUCGAGGUACUGGACCGCCUGUUUGACAGACAGCCACCCUGUCCAAUCCAAUCCGGCUAUGACCACUAUGUGAGCCCUGACUUUGGCAAGACGUCAGAUUAUUCGGCCAUGGCCUCACUAGCGGGUGGACUGGACGAGAUGAAGAACAGUUUGGCAAAUCCUGGUGCAGGUGCAGAGCUAGGAGCCAGUGUCUCCGGUCCACAGUCCUAUUCUCUUGUUCCAGGUCGAGACAUAGCCAGCACCACUCUGCCAGGCUACCCUCCACACGUUCCUCCAACUGGACAGGGCAGCUACUCCACCCCUUCCCUCACUGGGAUGGUACCUGGUGGAGAUUUUUCUGGAAGUCCAUAUUCCCACCCUCAGUAUUCCACAUACAAUGAAUCAUGGAGAUUUCCUAACCCCAGUUUAUUAGUGUUUCAGCAGGAUUAUGGGUCUCUCCUGGGGACGGAAAUCGGCUGCUCCUCCAGUCUCUUCACCAGCCAGGCAGGACAGAUGCAAGGAUCACCGUACUACUACAGUGCAACAUCACGGGGGACAGGCCCUGCAGCCACGGCAACAGCCUCCGCCUACGACCGCCACUGACCCGUCCUAUUGAGAGGAGGAAGAGGAGAGGGAGGAAGGGAGGGAUGAAUAGCACCAUCACUGCUCAGUACACGCCUGCCUACACACACAUGUUUGACGUCAGUGAAAUUUGAAUCUUCUUUGACGGACAGCUGCACCAACAAAAGCAUUGUUGGGUUUCAGCAUAGACAUACGGUACAUGACUGUGAUCAUCACAGGAAUAGCAGUGAUCUGACUGAUAUUUGACGGAUCAAAAGAUUUUACAAAUGCAUAAAUUUGGACUCUACCAUAACGUAUGAAGACUUUGUAUCAUUAAUCCUAAUUUCAACCUAUAUCUAGAAAUUCAAUAGUUCAAUGCACUGUGAGUGCAGUGGUAACUGAAACUGUAAAAAUCUGUGCUGUGAUCUUCUGGGUAAAAUGUUUUCAGUUUGGGUACAUUUUUCGAUUUUGAAUUAUUUGAGCUUUUUAGAGCAAGAUCACUUUUUCAAACAGUCUUUUAAUGACCCGACAUUAAUCGAAUACAUUUUCUAUGCCAUGCUACGGUGAAGUAAAGACAAUCCAACUCUCAUAACUUAGAAUGACCAAAAUCAACCACAUCAGUAUCACUCUGCCGUAGAUUCGAAACAUUUCCCUCGGGAUCACAGUGCUUAAUAAUCAGGAGACGACGAGUUUCACAAAUGUUUGCUAAGUCCCACCCCCUUUUGCUACUGUUGUAAUUCAUGAAUAACAACGGGGCUAACUUUUCAUGUGACAAUGGAGGCACCGGCUGGUAAAAUUGAGUUAGGCGCAUGCGGCCAAUCAAAUGCGAAAGAAGCGGCAGAGGCAGCUGGCUAACCUGCGCAUGCUCUUCUGGUUGUGGAUGGUACAUUAACACAAUAGCCGGCUAUGUUGUGUUCCCAAGAAUAAAACUGUGAAUGUUUUUUCGUUAUGAUGACCGCUCCAGCACCAAGCUUUGGGCAUACACACACCAUCCAGCGUUAACCACACAUACUAGCAUUUCCAGAUUACAUCGGGUAAAUAAACACAUCAUAUUUAAUACGAGGGUUUUGGAAGGGAAUAGAAGACUGCUCUAACCGCAGCCCCCCCCCCCCCCCCCCCCCCAUGCACGUUGCUUCGGCAUGUGGAGGAAUCUAGAGCUCGACAGGUCUGCUGUGCGUAGUUACGGUUGCUAAGCUAUGAUGGUUGCUCAGUUGGAGGUGGGGUUUAGCGAUCAGUCCAUGUCAGUCAGUUUUGCAGUUUCAUAACACGGAAAACUAUCCUCGAACAUCCCCACUUGCAUUCAAAGUGGUUCUGAACCCACUGACCAACGGACAGGCCUUUUACUCAAGCACAGCAUCAAAUCUGAACCCUCGACUGUAAAAAGGUAAACAUGUUCACAUCAGACCAAAAUCAAAUCGACCAGGGAGUCCUACUGUACAGGAAGGUGCUAUCCGACCUCCCCAGCCAAGAUUGAGUCCUGAUCAAGAGCUAUUUAUAAUGGGGGAGACACAGAGUAAUAUAUUAAGAAGCUUUUCCGCGCUGCACUCCAUGAGAGUGAAUGCCUGUAAUGAUUUAUAAUAUGUGUCACGCUGUUGUGCUAGAAUAGUGAUGAUGAUGAUGAUGAUGAUGAUGAUGAUGAUGAUGAUGAUGAUGAUGACGACGAUGCAGUGAAAAAUGAAAUCUUAAGAACUUUCAAUAUGAAAAGAAGUCUUUGUUUAUAAAUGUGAUCUGACUGCGAUUUUCUUGUUUAUAGUUUGUUGCCUGAUAUCAGUUGACGCCGGUGACACUUAAUAAGACGCCAUUUUUAACUGCUUCCUGAAUAUUCAGAAGAAGAGCCAGGAAACAGUGUCACCCUCUCUUUCUCUCUUUCUCUCGCUCUCUUUCUCUCUUUAAACUCCCCAAAGAUGGGCCCCCCCUAGUGGAUCGGCUGACUAACUACAAAAGCACAAAGACUCAAUCAUCUUUUAAUGGCGCCAUUUUAUGACUUCCUUUUAGAACCAUGAAGUAUUUCCUCUCUUCCCCUUCUUGAGUGCUUGUCCUUGUGCUGUUUGACAUCCUGAAAUUGUUUCUAUAAAAACUUUGCUUUCGUGAAAAAACAAGUGAAACUGUUUUCUUUUUUUUGGGGGUUUCUCUCCUACAACAGUUCUGCGCUGUGACAAUGCAUGACACCAGGGUUGAGGCCUUACCCGCUCAAUGUACAGACAGAGCAGGAGAGAUUUGCCCUGUUGCACUGAUUUGAAAUCAGUGCCGUGAUCCCUCCCAAAUGUUUAAGAGCCCACCAUGUUGAUCUUGUGUGAGGGCCAUAUCCUCCUAAACCUGUACGUAGCUUCCUGUCUCACUUCUGUCCAUACAAGAUUUGUACAGUACUUAGCGAAAGAGAAGAGACGUCACAAUGUCGAUAGCAAUUUUAAUUAUUCACAUUUGACUUUAGAUUUUAGUGAUGGGACUUUCUUUUUAAGAAAAAAGAUUAAGAGGUUUGUGGUGUUGUUUUAGCCAUCGUCUGCAAGUGUUUACAUAUCUUUUGUUUGUUUGUUUGUUUUGGGUACGUUUGGCUGCAAGUAGCACUUCAUUGCUACUGUGUAAUUUUACGAGUUAACAGAUUGGAAGCACCAAAUCUGCAGUGGAGACAUGAAAUAUAGCUAUAUAAACGUAUACCUAUGAACACGGAACAAAACUGUUAGUUUCUGAAUCUUUUUGUUUCUGGAUUUUGAAAUAGUGGUAGGGUGGAUCCUUUUACAUUUGUAGACCUUAAAAGUUGUGCAAGCACAACUCUAAAGAAGAUUCUUCUAACUGCUCGUCCGCUGUGCUGCCUGCAAGAAGGAGCCAAUCCUUGUUUCUGUCUUUAUCUCUUGAUCUUUCUGAGGCAUUAUUGAACCUGAACCACACCAGCUGAAAACAAGGACAGUGCCUUUAGUUUUAUAUGUCAACAACCGCCCCUGACUGACCACAAGUCACUAAACGAUGAUUCAGCAUCCCUCCCUGCGAUUCCUUAAAAAAAUCUAUCUGCCACGAGGUUGUAGAUUAAACUUCCAUAUGUAGCAGAGAGUUAUUUCAAUACCAACAUCAGACAAUAAAUUCCAUUGUAUAAAUAACAUCUGAGCUGUUAUACCCCCACCUUCCCCUGACCUAGCACUGUGCAUCGUGCAUCACAGUCCUGCACAUCUCCCAUCACCUGGACAUUCAGCAUCUCAAAGUCUCUAAUCGGGAUAAUGUUGAAAAUACAAAGUCAUCAGAUUAAGAAUAUUUGUUGACGUCUACCAGCUUGAAAAACAACUGCUGUAAAACAACAACAAAUUUGAAUUGAUUAAUUUCCUUAAAGUCAAUAACAGACUUGGCCACAGUGCUGCAAAAACGUUAACAGUCAAACGUCAGAAUUAUUAUCAAAGAUGGUUUCUGUCAUUUUAGGUAAUUCUUAUCAUAUUAAUGUAUGAUCAAGUGCUCAUGUUCCCAGUAAGUUAGUUUGAGUUACUCACUAUAUAGACUGGUAUAUAUACACUGACUCGUGAUUGGUCGAGUGCGUGUAUUGACGUGUACAGAUGUUCGCUUCAGGGUAAACUGUUGUCACUUUGACGAUCCCCUGAUUUUUCAUCUAGUUUGCUCAAAACAAACUGAGAACAUGGUAAACACAACAGCUGUUAAUUGCGUCUUAGUAUUCUCACUGUGGGCAUAGCAUGCUAAUGUAUUUAGCAUUUAGCUCAAAGCACUGCUGCCUCACAGAGCUGCACAGCUGAAGACAGUCUUACAGAUACCCUGCAAUCAUUAUCUCCAGUUUCUAUGUUGCAGAGGAUAUUUCCCACUAAUACCUGAGUUUGUAAUUUGAAUAUUCUUCCUUUUAUUAAUAAAGUAUACGUCUGUGACUGCAAUGUCCAAAUUUGGGAAGAUCCGUACAGGACUGUGAUGUGUGGUGUGCAGCUAUGGAACAGGACUACACAGAACCCACUGGCACAGAAAAAGGCACAAGACAAACAUAAAGCGCCAAGUUAGCAACAGACAUAUUCCAAGUCUGUUCAUUAAUAUUCUUUUUUUAGUAACCAGAGCAAAUUGAAUUACACCCCUCACAAACACAAACACACACACACACACACACACACACACACACACACACACACACACACACACACACUACUGUACAUGUGAAGAGAUAUCGAUUGAAACCGUCCGUUCUCCUUGAGGAGGUGAAUCCGGUCGUGCCUCCUCCAAACGAGGCUAAACCCGGCGCCCGUUCUCCGGUGCAGCCAAGACACCAGAGAUACAUUAACGGGAUUAAUUGUUAACUAUGCAUCGCUAUAGUGACACAGCUUGCCUUGCCAUUGGUUUGACCUGACUGGUUCACGUGGGGGGAGACUGGGUUCCUGUCGGCCCGCAGUCGUUUUUUCGAUUGGCAGCUGUGACAUUGACUGCAGCGACGAGGGAGGAGGGGGGGGACUGUCAUUGUGGGUGGUACAGUAAGAAGCAAGGCAGGCAGAGGCCACACACACACACACACACCGACACACACCGACACACACUAGCACACAAAUAAGUACAGACACACUCUCCCUCCCUUUGUCCUUUGCAGAGUGGUGAUCGCCCCUCCUCUCAUGCCCCUGUGUUCCCCAGGGGAGGCCAAACCUGCUGUGCCAUCAGAAGCUCAUCCCAGCUUCUUUCUCCCCCUCCCUCAGCCCUAAUCUCAUCAUAUCUGCAAUCGUCUUCCCCCUCUCUCCUCCUCUCCCCUCCUGUAGCACUGCCACACCACCAGGAUUAGGAAUAUUAAAACUAUUCUGUUGAUUCCAGGCUUGUGACCUUCUCUUAAAAGUCCUCCCUCUUUCUUCACACAGCCGUAUUAAUCCCUUUCCCCCCUCUCUGACUUUUCACUCCAUCUAUUCAGACGUGAUGCUCACUGUCCUGUCAGGAAUUCUGCAUAGGAAUGAAACAGGGUGUUUUGUGCCAAAGCGAGGUCAUUUCAAUGGCAAUAUUGCUGCCUGGAUCUUUAUUUGGCCGAGAUUAUUCCAUGAGAUCACAUCUCACCUUCGGUUUUCUCUUCAUGUAGCUGUGGAGAGUUUAAAACACCAGGAAACACUAGUUUCAGGUCAGAUGUUUUCUUUCCAGCACUGCCACAGUCUACUGUCCAUGAAAAUACAGUUGCGUCCUCAAUUUCUGUUAUCCCAGUUCCAAGUCAAAUUGCGAAAUAAAUGCAAAUUCGUUUUUUUUUCUUUAUUAUGAUUUCUCACCGAGUGUGCACCGCCUGACUGUAUCUCAAUAUGAAUCCAUGAAGAUGGCUACUGCCUUUGUAAAACCUGAGGGGAUUUCAGCAUCACAUCUUGACAGCAAUUAGUGGCACAAUCUGUUUCAUGCUUGCUGAUAUAACUAGGCUCUGGACAGAUCUCAUACUGAAGUGUUACAAUGUUCUGUACAUCUUAAUAUUAUUCAACUGUGGAAGAGGAGAAACACACACGACUCAGCCUACAAAAAUCGACUGUGCUUUUUAAGCAGAUGUUUCAAUCAAAAAGAAAAAGACAAAAAAAUAAUAAACAUGAUUUUUCACCUUACUGUGGCCUUUCGUGUAACAAUCUGGAGUUUUUUGUGUCCAUGGCUUCCUAUCUGGGGUGUUCAAGGGAUAUUUAUAUCUGUGACGUUUCGGGGGAAAAAAACAUAUACAGACAAACAAAUGACAGAAAGAAAAACAUCAGCGUACAAAAACAGACGUGAAAUUAGGUUUCAAACACUUCAUCUGUCUCUAGUCUACAAAAUCAAACGCGACAAAAAGAAAACAUAUCUGUAACAUUCACCAAAGCCUGUGAUGCCUGUUUUAAAUGAUAGAUUCUUGUACAAAAAAACAUAUAAAUAUCAGAAAAGACUUAGAGAUACAAACACAAAAUGAAGAUUCUGGAGGGGAGGAUUUAAAAAAAAAAAAAAAAGGUAAAAGAAAUGCUUCUUUAAGAAAACGUGUAUGUUUUUUAUUCGAUUUUCUAGUAGUUGCAAACAAAAAACUUGGUGUUUUUUCUCUUUGUGUGUUGUGUGUUGUCUUAAUAUUUGAAUGUAAUUUACUGCAGUGCAAAUUUGCCAAAGAUAUCAUAUCAAUUGAUUUUUCUUCAGUUAUUUUAUUUUAUUUUGGUUUUUGUUCCUGAAUUGUGACCAAUUUUGUUCAGAAACUGGAAAUAAAUGGUGAAUUUGAUAUUAUGCUUAUUUUUUUAUAUUUCUAUUGUUAAUAAUAUUGUUAUUUUAUUUCCUGGUUUUUAGUUUACUGUGAAAUAUUCAAUUGCAGUUUGCUUGACACAUCUCUUCAUACUCUGGUCUGUGUACCUGUCCAUCCGUCCACCUGAGUGACUGUUGUUGGUGAAUUAUAUAAUUUAUGUACCUGUAAUGUGAAGCUAAGAAGUAAUUAUUUGUAAAUAUUUGCCAUAAUUUUAUUGGUCCUUCAGAAUAAAAAUAAUUUUUUGAAAGUUAAA